AUGAUUCACGACGCAGUUCUCGACUACUACGGCAGGCGGUUAGCAACAUGCUCGUCUGACAGGACCAUCAAGAUCUUUGAGGUGGAGGGCGAGACACACAGAUUAACGGAGACACUGAAGGGACACGAAGGAGCCGUAUGGUGCGUUGCCUGGGCCCACCCCAAGUACGGCAACAUCCUCGCCUCUUCAGGCUACGACGGCAAGGUGUUCAUCUGGCGCGAGCAGGGAGGCGCGUGGCAGAAGAUCUUUGACUUUGCUCUCCACAAGGCCUCGGUCAACAUCGUGUCGUGGUCCCCGCACGAGUCGGGAUGCCUCUUGGCCUGCGCCUCUUCGGACGGCCACGUCUCGGUGCUCGAGUUCAAGGACAACUCGUUUGACCACCAAACUUUCCUCGCGCACGGCCAGGGCGUCAACUCGGUCUCGUGGGCGCCCUCGACGGCCCCCGGCAGCAUCAUCAGCACCAACGCCACGCCGGCGGCCCAGCGCCGCUUCGUCACGGGCGGCAGCGACAACACGCUCAAGAUCUGGUCGUGGGACGCCGCGUCGGCCCAGUACCGCUGCGAGGAGGGCGGCGUGCUCUCGGGCCACACCGACUGGGUCCUCGACGUCGACUGGAGCCCCACCGUCCUGCAGAAGAGCUACAUCGCCAGCGCGUCCCAGGACCGCACCGUCCGCAUCUGGACCAGCGACUCGUCCAACCCGGGCGUCUGGCAGUCGCGCGUGCUCAAGGAGUUUGACACCACGGUCUGGCGCGUCAGCUGGUCGCUGAGCGGCAACGUCCUGGCCGUCAGCUCGGGCGACAACAAGGUCACGCUGUGGAAGGAGAACCUCAAGGGCGAGUGGGCUUGCGUCAACAGCCUCGAGGACUAA